GCCGCGCGCAGGGGCCGUCAUUCGGUGGCGGGUCCCGGCCGCGGGGCUGGCGGGCUGAGGGGAGAAAAGAUGGCGGCGGCGGCGGCAGCUGGUGCGGCCUCCGGGCUGCCGGGUCCAGUGGCACAAGGAUUGAAGGAGGCGUUAGUGGAUACGCUCACCGGGAUCCUAUCCCCAGUACAGGAGGUGCGGGCGGCUGCUGAAGAACAGAUUAAGGUGCUGGAGGUGACGGAGGUAUAGCGUAAGCACUGUCCACCUGCGAAGGGCGCCCCUCAAGGAUCCAGACGCACUCCUGGGCAUGUGGCGGGCACUGAGCCGAGCGGAAGGCGGCCACGCUCGGAAAAAGAAUUUGGUGUUCACUUGGCAGAACUGACUGUAGAUCCCCAGGGAGCACUGGCAAUCCGUCAGCUGGCAUCAGUCAUCUUGAAACAAUAUGUGGAGACUCACUGGUGUGCCCAAUCAGAGAAAUUCAGGCCUCCUGAAACUACAGAAAGGGCAAAAAUUGUUAUCCGGGAGCUAUUGCCUAAUGGGUUGAGAGAAUCGAUAAGCAAAGUGCGCUCCAGUGUGGCCUAUGCAGUGUCAGCCAUUGCCCACUGGGACUGGCCUGAAGCUUGGCCCCAACUCUUCAACCUGCUCAUGGAGAUGUUGGUGAGCGGAGACUUAAAUGCCGUCCAUGGAGCCAUGCGUGUGCUGACAGAAUUCACUCGAGAAGUGACAGACACACAGAUGCCACUUGUUGCUCCUGUCAUUCUCCCAGAGAUGUAUAAGAUCUUCACCAUGGCUGAGGUGUAUGGUAUUCGAACCCGUUCCCGAGCCGUGGAAAUAUUUACCACUUGUGCCCAUAUGAUCUGUAACAUGGAGGAGCUGGAAAAGGGUGCAGCCAAAGUCCUGAUCUUUCCCGUGGUGCAGCAGUUCACAGAGGCCUUUGUUCAGGCCCUCCAGAUACCAGAUGGCCCCACAUCUGACAGUGGGUUUAAGAUGGAGGUCCUAAAGGCAGUGACAGCCCUAGUGAAAAACUUCCCAAAGCACAUGGUGUCCUCCAUGCAGCAGAUUCUGCCUAUUGUUUGGAACACCCUAACCGAGAGUGCAGCUUUUUAUGUGAGGACAGAAGUAAAUUACACAGAAGAAGUAGAAGAUCCUGUGGAUUCUGAUGGUGAAGUCCUGGGCUUUGAAAAUCUCGUCUUUAGCAUUUUUGAAUUUGUCCAUGCUCUACUAGAAAAUAGCAAAUUCAAAAGCACUGUAAAGAAAGCCUUGCCUGAAUUGAUUUAUUAUAUUAUCCUGUACAUGCAAAUCACUGAGGAGCAGAUUAAAGUAUGGACAGCCAACCCCCAACAGUUUGUAGAAGAUGAAGAUGAUGAUACAUUCUCCUAUACUGUUAGAAUAGCAGCUCAAGACUUGUUGCUGGCUGUGGCCACAGAUUUCCAGAAUGAAAGUGCAGCAGCCCUGGCUGCUGCAGCCACUCGACAUUUACAAGAAGCCGAGCAAACCAAAAACAGUGGCACUGAGCACUGGUGGAAGAUCCAUGAGGCAUGCAUGCUUGCCCUAGGCUCAGUGAAGGCCAUCAUCACUGACAGUGUGAAAAAUGGCAGGAUUCAUUUUGACAUGCAUGGGUUCCUGACCAAUGUCAUCCUUGCAGACCUCAACCUCUCAGUGUCUCCUUUCCUCUUGGGCCGGGCACUUUGGGCUGCCAGUCGGUUCACUGUUGCUAUGUCCCCUGAACUGAUCCAGCAGUUCCUACAGGCAACAGUUAGUGGUCUUCACGAGACACAGCCCCCGUCAGUUCGAAUUUCUGCAGUGAGAGCCAUCUGGGGUUAUUGUGACCAACUGAAAGUAUCAGAGAGUACCCAUGUGCUCCAGCCCUUCCUCCCCAGUAUCCUGGAUGGCCUAAUUCACCUAGCAGCCCAGUUCAGCUCAGAGGUCCUCAACCUGGUGAUGGAGACCCUGUGCAUCGUUUGUACAGUAGACCCCGAAUUCACAGCAAGCAUGGAAAGCAAAAUCUGCCCCUUCACCAUCGCCAUUUUCCUAAAGUACAGUAAUGAUCCUGUCGUCGCCUCACUGGCUCAGGACAUCUUCAAGGAGCUGUCCCAGAUUGAAGCCUGUCAGGGCCCAAUGCAAAUGAGGUUGAUUCCCACUCUGGUCAGCAUAAUGCAGGCCCCAGCAGACAAGAUCCCUGCAGGGCUCUGUGCGACAGCCAUUGAUAUCCUGACAACAGUAGUACGAAAUACAAAGCCUCCCCUUUCCCAGCUUCUCAUCUGCCAAGCUUUCCCUGCUGUGGCACAGUGUACCCUUCACACAGAUGACAAUGCCACCAUGCAGAAUGGCGGAGAGUGCUUGCGGGCCUAUGUGUCAGUGACCCUGGAACAAGUAGCCCAGUGGCAUGAUGAGCAGGGCCACAAUGGACUGUGGUAUGUGAUGCAAGUGGUGAGCCAGCUCCUGGACCCCCGCACCUCAGAGUUCACUGCGGCCUUUGUGGGCCGCCUUGUUUCCACCCUCAUCUCCAAGGCAGGGCGGGAGCUGGGGGAGAAUCUAGACCAGAUUCUUCGUGCCAUCCUCAGUAAGAUGCAGCAGGCAGAGACGCUCAGUGUCAUGCAGUCCCUGAUCAUGGUGUUUGCUCAUCUGGUGCACACUCAGCUAGAACCUCUUUUGGAGUUCCUGUGUAGCCUCCCAGGACCUACUGGCAAACCUGCUCUAGAGUUUGUGAUGGCUGAGUGGACAAGCCGACAGCACCUGUUCUAUGGACAGUAUGAAGGCAAAGUCAGCUCUGUGGCACUCUGUAAGCUGCUCCAGCAUGGCAUCAACGCAGAUGACAAACGGCUACAGGAUAUCCGUGUGAAGGGAGAGGAGAUCUACAGCAUGGAUGAGGGCAUCCGCACCCGCUCUAAGUCAGCCAAAAACCCAGAACGCUGGACAAACAUUCCUUUGCUGGUCAAGAUCCUAAAGCUGAUCAUCAACGAGCUCUCCAACGUCAUGGAGGCUAAUGCCACUCGCCAGGCCACUCCUGCAGAGUGGAGUCAAGAUGACUCCAAUGAUAUGUGGGAGGACCAGGAGGAGGAAGAGGAGGAGGAGGAGGAUGGUUUAGCUGGCCAACUUUUAUCUGACAUUCUUGCUACAAGUAAAUAUGAGGAGGAUUACUACGAGGAUGAUGAGGAAGAUGACCCUGAUGCCCUGAAGGAUCCUCUCUAUCAGAUUGAUCUGCAGGCGUAUCUCACAGAUUUCCUCUGCCAGUUUGCUCAGCAGCCCUGCUACAUAAUGUUUUCAGGCCACCUUAAUGAUAACGAGAGGCGAGUUCUACAGACCAUCGGAAUCUAAAAAGGGGAGCCUUUCUCCAUUUGCUCCUUCUGGCCCAGUCGCAAACCAUUUUGCAGCCCUCACUGGCCUUGAGAUGCACUUUCUUCUCAACCUAAAGUGGCAUCUUGACCCUUGGCCCUUGGCCUCGGCAGUGACACUGAUGACAACUCAGACCAGGCUCACCAGUGCCGUCACUUAGGAAUGCUGGAACAAAGGACAUUUCUCAAAGUUCCCCUGAAGACAUCCCAUCUCUAGAACCUUUUUUCUCCCUGACUCUACCCCCACCUCUGUUCCUAGAGCCCUCUGCUGGCCAGUCCAGAAACAUUAUUGCCCAGAAGGAUUAUGUGUUUAUGGAUUAUUUUGCCCCGCCUCAGGAGCACAGGAAGUCACUACCAUUUAUAUUCUGAAACAGACCUAUUUGUUUUCAUAGGACUUCUGAUUUUUUCAGAUAGGAAUCCUCGUGAGAGAUCAUUAUGCUUUGUGCCCUGGACCACUGCUGCUCUGGGUUCUCAGGAGGAACAGGCAGGAGCAGCUUCAUUCUAAGCCUUUCCAGUGACCUCAGCCUUGCUUCCCUUCUACAACACUAAGGCUCCUCUGUCAGAGGAGGUCGUCUUGUUUUUGCCUCAUUGCAUGACAUAACCCUUCCCCUCAAGCUGUUCCUAUAUAUACAUGCACACACAAAAUAAGCCAGACAGAUGGCAAUUUGAUCUUCCUUUUUUAGAAAAAAAAAAAGGGAAAAAAGGGAAUUUUUUUAAAAUGCACCUGACCCAACUAUAUUUAAUAUGCCUCUCCCACACAUUACCACAGAGUCUGAUAUUCAGAGGUUAUCCCCUCUCCCUCAGGAAGCCUCUAAAGUUGUUAAGUUGUAGCCCUCAAAUUUGCAACAUGUAUUUUUCUAGGACAGUAAAGUAAUCUUUACAAAUGAAUUUAGUUGCAUGAUAUAAGGUGUCUCAGCACCUGUUUGCCUUCUAUUCCCUUUAGAAGGUAAGUAAAAGUAGUGGGGGAAAGGAUUAGGUGGAGCCUAUCUAAACAUUCUAGUGUGUUUUGGCAAACCUAGCCUGAAAUGAUUCUUAGAGAACUGGCAUUGUUUAAUCAAAUAUUUUUAAGGGAGAUUCCUUAAUUGGGAAGUUUAGUCUGUUUGGGGUUCAAAGAGCAAAUGAGGAUUAGAAAAUCCUGGAGAGAGGCUGGGCACAGUGGCUAAUGCCUAUAAUCCCAGCACUUUGGGAGGCUGAGGUGGGCAGAUCACUUGAGGUCAGGAGUUUGAGGCUAGCCUGGCCAACACAGUGAAAUGCCCCUCUCUACUAAAAAGACAAAAAUUAGCUGGGCAUGGUGGUGCAUGCCUGUAAUCCCAGUUAACUUGGGAUGCUGAGGCAGGAGAAUCGCUUGCACCUGGGAGGCAAAGGUUGCAGUGAACCGAUAUCACACCAUUGCAUUCCAGGGCAAGACUCCAUCACACACACACACGCACACACACAAAUCAUGGGGAGAAAGAUGAAGCCUGUGUUCCCCUUUUUUUGAUAGUGCCCACAUCUGGUGCCCCAUUUUUAAUAGCCACAGAAUAUUUCUUUAGAUUGAUAUUCUCACAAGAAAUAGAAUAUAGGCUGGGUGCAGUGUGUCACACCUGUAAUCCCAGCACUUUCGGAGGCCGAAGCGGGCGGAUCACCAGAGGUCAGGAGUUCAAGACCAGCCUGACCAACACGAUGAAGCCCUGUCUCUACUAAAAAUACAAAAAUUAGCCAGGCGUGGUGGCAUGCGCCUGUAAUUCCAGCUACUUGGGAGGCUGAGACAGGAGAAUUGGUUGAACCUGGGAGGCAGAGGUUGCAGUAAGCCAAGAUCGCACCAUUGCACUUCAGCCUGGGCAACAAAAGGAGCAAAACUCUGUCUUAGGAAAAAAAAAAAAAAAAAGGAAGACUAUAAAGUGAAUCUGAAUCUCCACUCAAGGGGAUGGCCCCAAGGAUAUCGUAGCUAGUAAUGUCUUCAUGCCACUAGGUGUCCCCAGUGUUCAACCUCCAUGACUGAGAUUGGAAGAAAUAAGAGUUGAAAGUUUUUACUAUCUUUGAAAAGCCUGCGGGCAUGUUCACAAUUGUCCCGUGCCAGCCAGGUUCUGAGGCUAACUGCUUGUGCCCCUGCUGCUUCUCCACAUGGCAUUGGGGAAAUGAUGGCAGGUCUGACCAAGUGGUGCUCAGAAAACCACCCUCAGCCUUGCAGACUCCGUAGUUUAUCUCAAGGCAGUGCCAGUUGGAUUUGGUGCUAAAGGCAUAAGGCCAAGUUGGCCUCUGAUUUUGGUGCAAAAGAGUGGUCUCAUGCCAGUAGCAUUGAACUGCUGAGCUUGGGAAGGCUUAAGCCUCCCACACAGACUGAGAAUGAUGGGGGACCCUCUGGGUCUACUGAUUAGGAAAACGUUCUAUGUCUAGUGCCAAAAGUGGUCCUAAGCCCUUUGGCAAGGGUCCUUUCUGCUCUCAUGCUGAUUUGGGGGAGGACUAGGCAUCCUGUCUCAGGAGAACGUGAGUCCUGAGGAAGGGGCCCUAGUAUCACUUAAGGGCUACCCCUGGCUAACAGAUACUUGGCUGUGGUUGAGAGUAGAAGGUCUUGGACCCCUUGGUGUGCAGGUACUUAACUGUGUUUCCAGUGCAUUUUCAUGUACAUUAUCUAAUUUAACCUUUAUAACAGGUUCACAGGGUGGAUAUUCCCAUUCUGUUGAUGAGAAAAAGUUUGGAGAGACUAUGUCCAGUGUCAGCAGGAAGAAAAAAGAUCUGUUGGAGGCCAGUACGUGUUGACAGAAACUCUAGACCAUAUUUUGUCUCCUGUCUUUGGCCAAAGAGAACUAGCUUCAGUCUGAAAAGGGCAGGGCUAAGUGGUUACAAGGAAUAAAAAGUUCAAGGUAAGACAAAUGAGGUAAAAAUAAAAAAGAGCACUUAGCUGCUCUGAGACAUUUUAGUCUCCUGACUCGUAAACAGCAGCUGGGGCACCAAGGGGUUCCCAGGAGUUUGUUGAGCUUUUAUUGGAGUGAACUGAAAGGAGGGAACGCUGUAAGACUGAAAAGUUAAAACCCCAGGAAGGAAGCUGAUAACACAAGUUACAGUCGUAUAAGUGACAUUGAUUUGGGAAGAAUGAACCUACAACAAAUGACCCAAAAGCACCUAAAUAAGAGUGAUGAGAGUUUAAUAGACGUUCAUUAUGGACUUCAGAGAGAAUGAUGCUAAACUGACCUUACAGUCUUCUUUAACUUUGUUAAGUAGGUAAAAUAAUCUGGACAUAGUAAAGUCAAAGCAUUAGGGAGAUAGAGAAGUUGGUAACCACCAACUAACAAACUAGAAAUUCACCCAUUGUGGGUUGACCUGAUACGUGCCCCCAGGGCUGUGUCCUUGGCCCCUCCUUUGAUAUUAGUGACAGAUGACUUUUUUUAUGCCUUACCCAUUCCACAAAAGAAUUUGAAGCCAUUUACACAAGAGAUAGUACUAGUAAAUUAGGAAUGCUGAUCAAAUUUUUAGAUAAUAAGAAACCCUUAGGAAGGAUGACAAUUUAGAAUCCAAAUUUAGGAUCCAAACAAAUACCAUUACAACCUAUAAAAGUGAGCAGAAUCUAAAUGUAACAUUUCAAUAAAUGCAGUUUGAUAAUAUCUGUGGAAAGAGUUGAGGACUAUAGAGUACUGUGCUCUCACUAACAGUACUGCGUGCUGCUAAGAGUUUAAUGGCCGGGUGCAGUGGCUCACACCUGUAAUCCCAGCAUUUUGGGAGGCCUAGGUGGGUAAACCACCUGAGAUCAGGAGUUCGAGACCAGCCUGGCCAAUGUGGUGAAACCCCGCCUCUACUAAAAAUACAAAAAUUAGCUGGGCAUGGUGGCACACACCUGUAAUCUCAGCUACUCGGGAGGCUGAGGCGGGAGAAUCACUUGAACCUGGGAGGCAGAGGUUGCAGGGAGGCAGAGGUUGCAGUGAGCCAGGAUCACACCAUUGCAUUCCAGCCUGGGUGACAGAGCAAGACUCUGUCUCAAAAAAAAAAAAAAAAGUUUAUUAUGCCAGGAAGGCCAGGUGUGGUGCCACACCCCUGUAAUCCCAGCACUUCAGGAGGCUGAGGUGGGCAGAUCACUUGAGCCCAAGAGUUUGAGACCAGCCUGGGCAGUGUGACAAGACCUUGUCUUAAAAUUUAAAAUAAAAGAAGUUUAUUAUGCCAGGAACUGUUAAUGUGUCCAGAAAACUCCAGUGUGGUCCUAGGAUGAGAUAAUAAAAUUAGGUUGUCUAGGGUAGUGUGGAAGGUGCUUUCAGUCUUAACUGUGCCUAUCAGUGAUCCUCAUUGCUAUGUUCCCUUCUGGUGCUCAACCGGAGGCUCCCUGACAGAUGACCACUCUGCCAGAUAAAAGCUAAGAUGUAGAAGACAAAUCGUGUCAAGGAAAAGAAGCUUGAAGGAGCUAAGAAUGCUUAGCUUAGAGAAGACAAGAAGAAACAGGACAUGGCUUUGGGAAGUUCAAGGAUGGUCCAGUGAAAUACAUCCUAUAAACUUUUGCACCCCAGCCAAGCUGACCCAUGAUCAAUAAGUAUGAAAUAAAAGGCCAAUUUCUGGCUACUCUUCCCCCCAACCCCGUUUCAGUGAAUGUUGAACCUCUAUUAGACAUGCAAGGCCAGUGCUAAAUGCUGGAGGGCUUUGGCCUUUUCCUUCAAGGAACUAGUCUAGUAGGGGGGCAGAAAUACAGAUGGGCCCGAACGUAAUGAUGGUUUGACUUCUAAUUUUUCAACUUUAGGAUUGUGCAAAAGCUAUGCACAUUCAGUAGAAACAGUACUUCAAGUAUCCAUACAACCAUUCUGUUUUUCACUUUCUGUACAAUAUUCAAUAAAUUACAUGAGACAUUCAACACUUUAUUAUAAACUAGGCUUUGUGUUAGAUGAGUUUGCCCAACUGUAAGCUAAUGUAAGUGAUCUGAGUAGGUUUAAGGUAGGGUAGGUGUAUUAAAUGCAUUUUUUACUUAA